AUGGUAAUCAUUAUGCUUCUUUACAGAGAAGAUGAAGAACUCCCUGCUUGCAGCUAUCCUUUUAAUUGUUAGAGACUCCUGCCGCUGCACAGACUUGGACUCUCCGUUCUGCCGGCAGCUGCCAGAUUGGGACAAUGAAUUGGUGUGCUACAAAGAACUAAGUGGGGAUCUAACCUGUACCUGGCUGCCCUUACCUAGUGCUCCAAAUACAGUUAAUUAUACCAUAUACUUAAAAUGGAACAAGAUACGAAAACUUUUUCAACGAAACACAUCAUUGCCUUUCAUCACAAUAGAACGAAAGAAUCUCUACAUUGAGAGAUUUGCAUCCAUUUGGAUAGCAGUGAAUUAUGCCCAUGACACCUGUGCAAAAGGAAAGAACAUUUCAGUUUUACCAAGCAAAGCAGGAAAGUGCUUGUCACCAUCUAACAUAAAUGCUUAUCAGAUCACAAACCAAUUGAUAAUAAAGUGGGACCUGCCCACAGCUCAUACAUCAUAUGAGCUGAGAUACAGAGAGGCAAUCACAGAAGCCACUCCAUGGACACUGGUGCCUCUAGAAAGCAAUGUUGUCAAUGUCACCAUUUCAAAUGUAAAUACUAAGUCUUCAUACAUUGUUCAGCUCAGAUGUGUAACCAAGGAUGGUCUCAACUGUGUUUGCAUUUGGAGCAAAGAGAUUUUGGUCCCUCACAAACUCGUGAACAAGCCAAGAAUAUCAUAUAAUGUAACCACACAAAACUCUCCCGGAAGAAGAAGUGUUCUUCUGAAGUGGGAGGUAGCACAAAAUGAGAACGUCCUUGGAUAUUUCGUUAAUGUGGAAAGAAUACCCAACAGCUGCAGCCACUCACCAAAUCGCAUCUCUCUCAAAGAGGGAAAAAUUCUUGUAAAUCUCUCCAUGGCUUACUAUAGAGUUAAUAUUUCUGCCUAUAAUGAAGCAGGAGAAUCUCCACAAGCCAUGUAUAUUGUCCCAGAAUUCUAUGGAACAGACUUGCCUGGUCAAAUCCAUGUCAAAAGCCAGGGAACCAAUGCAGUUGUCACAUGGACUCCAGAAUACAAUCCAAAAUGUUUUGUGGUUGACUGGGGCACUGGUAAAGAGGAUAUGCACAUGAAAAUAGUAACUACGGCUACUGGAAAUUUCACACUAGACAAUUUUCAACCAUAUAAGUUGUACAAAAUAAUGGUACAUGCAUCUGAUGUGUGUCAGUGUGAAAGUUUCCUAAGACAUGAAAUGACUUUUGGAGUGACCCACUUUUACACCGUUGAAGGAGUUCCUAGGACAGGUCCUGCUCAUGUGACAAUUCUGAAUAUCACAAAGCAUUCUGCAGUUGUGAAGUGGACUGAAAUACCUGCAGAAGACUGUUUGGGCUUUCUCCAGGGAUACAGGAUCAGUUACACAGAUUCAUCAAGGCAGAAGUCUCCGGCUCUUACUCUCAACUCUUCUACCACAACUUACCAUCUCACCGGACUGAAGGAAAAGACCACCUAUCGUGUACAGAUUUCAGGAUUCACUAGUGCUGGAGAAGGACCUCUGACUCUUUCACAACCUUUCAGCACUCCAAAAUAUGAUAAAGGAGAAUUUGAAGGUUUUGUGAUUGGCCUUUGUUUCAGCAUGAUACUCAUUCUGGUUUUUGCACCGCUCAUUUGUUCUCUAGUGCUUAAAAGGCUGAAAAUAUCAUACUGGCCCAGUGUACCAAGCCCAAGAAACAGCAGUGCACUCCAAGAUAUGACUAACUGGAAACCCAUUUCAAAGUCACUGCUUCAGGCCCUGUCAGACAAUGAUACCACCAGCCUUUUUGUCAUAGACCAUGAGUCAAAGGCUCCUCUGAUGCUAGACCUCUUCACAGAUGGUGGACAAGGCAGCAAGCGUGACACUUGCCAGUCAGAAAAUCCUAGCAAUAACAUAGACGUGAGUCUGAGGCAUGAAGAAAUCCCUGCAGAAGCAGUUACAAGUGAAGAAGACAUCAUUUCCAUUGAAGUACCACUCUUGAGUGACUACGCCAGCAUGGAGUUCAGCCAGAAAGCCCUGAUGAGUCUGACAGUGAGCAUGCCUGAAAGAGCUGCUCCUCCUCACCUGGAAAUGGAACUAAGCAGUAAGCCAGCACAAACUGUGCAUAAGGUUUUGUUUGCUUCCCAGGACUACCUCAAACAAAGCCAGGUAGUACUUUUGCCAUCUGGACCAACUUUCAUGGGACAAGUCAAUUAAAACUGAAGCAUCUUCAUAAUUUUCCUUACCAUAAAAUCAAGUUCCAACACUUCUGAUGCCUCAGUGCAGGCACUAGGACCAAAUAAGAUAGUGAGCUUGUGACAAUAGUUAUCUCCACUACAGUAAGUUUCCUUGGUGAAAUAGGUUGAUUAUAUGAUUAGAUUAACUAUUUCACCUCAGUCAUUCAGUGGAAAGUCCUACCAUCUUCACACAGGCAAAACUUUCAGGGACUCAUAUGAAAAAUCUUUCAGUAAAGUACCUCUUGCUUGGUAUUUUGUUCCAAGGCACUCAGGAGCCAUUCAAGGCUUCCACUCUAAGCACAGUAUCCUUGUAGAUAUCAGGAGAAUUCUCUACUCACUAUGAUCAAGAUCUGAAUUUCAGAUCUCAUAAGUUCUUCAGCAAAAAAAUUUCACCAAGAGUAUCUACCACUCCAAAGAAGCUCUCCAGUUGAUCAAAGGUGGCCAGAGAAAUUAGUCCAAGUCUUUCAAAUUAGGAAUCAAAAAUUAUGUUUAUUGGUCUAUGUAAAACACCAUUAGUACUUUACAUCCUAGAACUUUACUUAUUGCACAUAAAUAGUGCUGUGUAAGUGAAGAUGAUAAUAAGUUUCAUUAACAGUAUUGGAGUUGUUACUUGUAUUAAAUUAAGGUUAUUUCCUCUUACAAUUACCUACAAAUUCAGAUAAAACCCCAUCCAUAUUCUGUGAUGAGCUGUAGCUGCAGAUAUGUUUUCACACUGCAUGGAAUGUAAAUAACUGUAACACAGACUUCAGGAGAUGAACAGAUAGCUCUGUUAGCCAUCCCUCAAAAGAUUGCAUGGAAGAGGAGCCACUGGAAUACAGGGGGUAAAAGUGUGUUCCUCAAUAUGCUUUCUAUGCGACUCCAUCAGCUUUCUCCACAAUACAAGGAGUCUGAACCAUUUUCAGCCUUACAAGAGUUUCUCAGUCAUGAACUCUGCAGGCAUGAAUGGUCUGCACUUAUUGUAGAAAACCCAGUUUAUUGUUGUUGUCUAAAGCUUAAGGAGCAUUUUAUUCGAAUUGCUUUGUGGAGAAAGAAAUUGGUCAACUGUACCAUAAGUACCAGAGAAUCCAUAGAUGGACUUUUUUUAAAAUUCUACCUGUUGUAACUGCUAGAUUUAGCUUAGCACGCUGUAGCUCCUGAGAGCUCAGCAGGGGUUACCCAGGCCAACGCGACCCGGUCACAUCCCGCAGUCCAUUUCGGAUGGCCCCGCGAUAUUGCUCUGGUCAGCUAUCAGCGUUACAACAGUGAUGACAGAGGAGGCGAGAAGGGUCUCUCAUGAGACCUGAGAUGGCUUUAAUCACAUCUUGUCCUGGUGACCCUCAGAGGCAGAGAGACCUCGUAGUCUGGUGCAGGAUGGUUUUGUCAGGGUCUCAGGGGCGGUCCCUGGGCAGGGUUGGGGUACAGGAACCAAUAGGGAGAGCCCGAGGGAGUGGCCAGGAGUAGGGGCAGGGAAGAGCAGGAGGGAGAGUGCAGCAUUGCAAAAGCAGAGGGUUAACAGGCUACCACAUCUCUCAUUAAAAGUGAAGGACAAUUGACAUUCACACAAAUAUUUCCAUGCAUACUAGGCAGUAUGAAUUGUAGAACAGCCAUGCUUGCAAAAACUCAGAGAAAUUCCAUAUCCCCCACUUCAUUGAUUUAGUGAGAAUCCAUAACAAAACGUGGUUUAUUCAUUUUCCUUAUUUAUAUUCACUCUCUCUUUAACUACAUCUCUCUAUAUCUGUUAAGACUGCCAGGAAUAAACCUGUAUUUCACUGUGGGUUAUGCACCGGUUUUUUUCUUAGCACUCAAAAUUCACUGUUCCCCCACAAAGCAAUAUGCGCUCAUGGUUGUUAAAUCUUGUAAUUGAAACAAGGGAUAAGAGGAGCACUCCCCAGAGAUCACACAAGUUUGGAGAGUCUUUUAAAUAUCUUUCUACUUUUUUUAAACUUCAAUCUGGUGACCUCACCUGAUUUGAAUCUAAGAGAAUGCAAAUGAUCCUGCUAUUAGUGCAGUUAUUUUUACUUGUAAUAUCUAGUAGUGGUGUUGAAGAGCUGUUCCAGAAAAUGAAGUCCUGAUAUACAAUCAAGUAGUCAUAAUUUGUCCAUUUCCAAAAUAUAAGAAUUAUCUAUGCUCCUUACUUACAGUAUUUCUUUCAUUUCUGGUCAAAGAAACUUAUUUUCCUGGUGCAGUUUGUACCUUCAAUAGCUUUACUCAUCCCUGUAAACAAUGAAUUCUUCUUUUCUUACUCUGCACCUACCAAACCAAUACAUAUUAUUCUGUUAUGGAUAAAGUAUGUAUAAAGUAAGUAAGGAGAACCAAACCAAAGACUUGCAAGCAGUUUCAGUAUAUGGAGCAGGCUUAUAGAUGAAACUCAAUAGACAGCUUGGGGUUUUAACCUGGUGAUUAUUAACUCCACUGUACUAGCCAUUGUCUGACAUCUCGCUAAAGAAAAUUCGUGUAACAGGACAGGAGAAUUGUAUUAGAAGCACCCAUGGAUAUUAAAUAGAAGAGAUAGAUGUAUUCUACUUUCAGUUAUAAAGCUCACAAUAAACGCUAUUCUUAACUGAUCUCAUUAAAGCAGUAUUUGUACAAUAGCUGUAAACAGUACAUUUGGGAGAAUAAGAGACACAUGAAAAAUCCUGGUGUGGAGAUUAGAUAUAAAUGAAGAACUCAUCCCAUCAUGAUGAGUUCUUGAGAGCAAAGAAAGAAGCUUUUAUAUGGAGAGAAAUAGAAGAGUACACUUGCUAAAUAUUUUCAUGCAGCCAAAAAGGAGGCUUAGUUCGAAUAAUGUAUUUACUCGGGGACACAGGAUUAGGAGACACACUGCUCAGUUCUUCAGGUUAGGGAAAAAUAUCUUUCUGUGGUAUGUUUUUAUGGUUGGCUCUUCCGUGGAGAUUUUUAGUUCAGUUGGAAGGGUCUUACAACAGUCAUCUAGUUGUACUCUCUGACUUCUUCAGGCAGUUUAAAGAAAUGUGUGCAUAUACUGGUGUAUAGCAAUUGCAGAAGCCUUCCUCUACAAAUAAACAUGUUCAUUCCAUGUGCCAUAGUACUGUUCAAGUGGUUUGUGUAGUGUUCUUAGCUUCAAUAUCCUUAGCUUCAAUGUAUGUUAUGCUGAGUGAAAUUGCAGAUAUGAAGGCUCAGGACCUUGCACAAAAGGCAAGAUAUUUUAUAAUUAAAAUUUUGCUUUCUUUUCACAUUCAUCAUAGCUCUGGAUGAUCUGGACGAUCAUUAGUGAGAAUUUAGACAUGGUAAAAGCUUAGACAACUGUAGGCCUGGAGGCACAUCAGCACAUCACAUCGGCAUAUGCACAUCAGCAUAGUGAUUUAUAGCAGGGGAUAUUGUACUGCAAGGUUACAGUGCUUUAGCAUUCUGUAUCUACAGAGAAAGGAAAGUAAUAGUCUAAUAUAGCACAAAGCUAGGUUAGUACUUUUUCUGGCAGCCAGAGUAGAUGGUUUUGCUUGCAUGGACAUGAAGAUUUUUUUAAUUAUUUUAAAUUUUUUUAUUAUAUUUUUUAUUUAGUGCUUAAAAGUCAGACUACAGUCCAGUAGUUAGCACUGAAAAUUCCCACAGUGUGUCAGAGACAAAACAAACAAGUACUCAUCCUGGAACAGGAGAUUGCAGCAACCACAGUAUUGUAGAGGUUGACUCUGUAUUAGUUAACAAAUGAAUAAUAAUGUCUACCAAAUAUCUACAAAUUCCCCCAGAAUCUAAGCAUUAGAGGUACUGUGACAACCCUUAAAGCCACUUUUAUGCCACAAUAGUAUCUGCAGUCGUGCAGAGUCCUCUGGAAAGAAAACACAGGGGCAUCCUGUCAACCCAAGUCAACUGCAGUUACUGCUACAAAAAACAUAAAAUAAUGUAGCAAUUCAGGAAAGACCUCUAGCUCCAGAAGACACCCAUCUUGGAGCUCUUGACUCUGUGUCACAAGCUCUUGGUUUGCCUGUUUCUCUUUCUCUUGAUGGCACUCUAGGUCUGCUGCCUGAAUGAUGUUAAAUGUGUUCCGGUACAAUGUUGAUGGAAUCUGUAUGAACCUGGAUAAUAAAACUUGUGACAGCUUACACCACUAA